AUGGCUACAAUCGAGAGUACGGAUUUAGAUAAAAUGAUUGGUACUUACCAAUUUAUAUACGAAUAUUAUUUUUCACAAGCUGAUAGCAACGGACAGGGCAUUACGAGUUCAAUAGAAUCAAGUAGCUAUUUUAAUCGUUCAAAUUUAAAACCAGAAGUAUUAAAGGAUAUAUGGAGUUUGGUCGAUCCAACUGGGAAAGGAUAUCUCGAUCGGCGGACAUUUUAUAUCGCACUGAAAUUGAUUUCGUUAGCACAAAAUAAUCUACAAUUCAACUAUGAAAAUCUUUAUCAAGAAGUGGCACCCCCAACUAUUGGAGAAAUUCCUCAAUCAGUUUUGAUGUCAGUCGAUGAUUCUUGGCAUAUUAAUGCAACAUUACGAUGCACGUUUGAUCGUGCAUUCGAUAAACUGUGCGGUAAUAACAAUAAAUUACCUGGAUCUCAAGUUAAAACAAUUCUAUUAAAAUCUGGACUAUCUGCUGAUCUUUUACAUCGAAUAUGGGAUUUGAGUGAUUAUGAUCAAGAUGGAGCAUUAGAUCGUGAAGAAUUUGCUAUUGCAAUGUUUCUUAUACAGCGAAUCAAACAAGGUUUAAGCAAAGAACUACCAGAUAAAUUACCAGUUAAUCUAUUACCACUCAAAGUUCGACUGACUUCAGGAGACACAGUUGGUGGACUAUCACUAACGCUUACAGCAAUCUCGCCCAAGAAAAAUGAAGAUCAUUGGAUUGUGAGUCCUGAAGAAAAACAACGUUCCGAUGUUCUCUUUCAAUCACUCGAUACAGAUAAAGAUGGUUUUUUAGCCGGUUCGGAUGUGUUUCAAACAUUUUUAGCUAGUGGUUUGCCUAGUUUUGUAUUGUCGCACAUUUGGAAUCUUUGUGAUAUUGGUCAAACGGGUAAAUUGAAUUCUGAACAAUUUGCAUUGGCAGUUUAUUUAAUUAAUCAAAAAAUAAAAGGCAACUACAAUAUACCUGUGGAGCUCACAAUGGAAAUGAUGCCGCCUAGUUUACGACCGAAAACGUUUCAUAUAAACGAAAGUGAUAAUCAAGAAUUGCAACGAUUAUUAAACGAAGUUAGUCAGUUGACGAAUGAAAAGUCAUUACGUGAGAUACAGUUGAAUGAACGAGAUCAAUUAGUUAAACAAAAACGUUCAGAAUUAGCAUCAUUAGAAUUUCACGUUGAAACUGUUGUUAAAACAUUAAAUGAACGUGAGCUACGCAAAACAGAAAAGAAAAAUGCUCUAUCUGAUUUCGAGGAAAAAAAGCGUAAAGCUGUUCAAUAUAUAAAUGAAUUGAAACAACAAAUAUCUAUGGAAGAACAGGCAAAACAAGUUCAACAAAAAUUGCAUGCAUCAGCUGUUGAGUAUGAUAUUCAAAAACAGAAUGAUUCACGGAUUAAAAAUAAUAUAGAUCAAUUGAAAAUGGAAAAGAAUAGUUUGGAAUCAAAACUAAUGACAAAGCAACAAACUUUAACACAGUUGACACGUGAUUUAGAAAAAUUUCGAUACAUUGUUCAAAAUCAGCAAAAAUUUCUCACUGAUUAUAUAAACAGCAAUGGUCAACAAGCAAUUACCGAAUUAAUACUCAAAUUUCAACAAGCAACAACCUUAUCUAAUAGUUUACCCUCCGUUUCUGCUACCCCUCCUCCACAAACUAUACCACUGUCAACAUCCACUGGUAAGAUGUCGGCAUCGAACAGUAUGACGAGUGGAUUUAGAGAUCAAACUAACCAUUUUAUACCGAAUUUUCAAACUCCAUCAACAUCAUCAAAUUCACAGGCACAAGGUUUUUCAGCUGAUCCGUUUGGUUUAACUACCACAUCGACUGGAUCAACCUUAACAGGUACUCACUUACAUGCUGAUGAUCCAUUUUCUUCAUCUACAAAAAAUGAUCCGUUCAUUUCCUCAGUAUCAUCGGUUGGAGGAGGAACUCAUUAUACUGAUGGUAGUGAUCCGUUUCAACAAAACGGUUCGAAUAAAUUCUCUACUACACAUGAUCUAAUAAAAAAAUCAAUGAUGAAUCGUUCAAAAACACCUAAUCCAAAUAUGUUCAAUCUAAAUCCAUUAACAAAAUCUGAACAACCCCAACGUCCGCAAUCAGCCAUGGAUUCGGCACUUAAACAGGGUCAAGCGCCAUCUCAAGCGUUUAACGAUUUACUUGAUAUAUUUUCAUAA